UAAUCAUUGCCAGUAAAAUCUCAGCAGCUACUAUUGCAGACAGAAGUGUACAGAGAUACACUUGCGUAUCAUGCAAGGUAGCUUAAUCUUUGUGGUGUUUUUAAAUCAUAAUUGCGUGUCAUUAUCUUUGCUGAAAGCUGCUAAAGCUGUGAAUAGUGGAACAAAACAUCCGGGUGGCGACUUUUGAUUGUUUCUUGUCGUUAUUUAAUGUGUUCUUGAGGCAAUUAAAGCCACGUAGCCAAAAGAAUAAGAUAUUUCGAAACUUCAUUUUUCAUAUAUCUAUAAUAACGCUUUGUUUGUGAAAAAAGUGAAAUUACGACAAUCUUUUUCUUGUAUUGAAAACAGUGUAUGGUCACGUAAUUCUUCAUAGCUAUUUAAUAAUAAGGAUUUCUUUGUUUCUUUGACUCUUUGUUUCCCGAGAUACACAUAGCAACAGCCGUCCGAUAUACCUGAAGGGUUUUCAAACCUUAAGUUGAGGGUGAAAAUGAGUCACGGUAUGAGUGACUAAAAAUUUUCCAGGAUACUCACGGACAAUUGAAACUGAAAUAUGUAUCCUUCAGGUCAGUUACCUUCGACCGUUUCGACAGAACAUUUCUCCGUUUUUAAAGUGAGUAAAGUGUUUUGAAGGAGCCUUAAGUUUUGGAGUUUAUGACGUCCAUCAGUAAAAGCACAAAGUAAAAACCUGCACCAAAAUUUAAGGCAAACUUCUGGCUUAUGAGAGUUCCGGCAUUUCUUUUACUCCAAGAGCUGAAGCACUUAAAUGGGAUCACCGAUACGAGGAGCAGGAUCACUCAGAGGGUAUUAAGAGGCACUGAGGGUCUACAAGCAGGGAAUCAAUUUCAAUUAAAUAUCAGGGAAGACCAAUUAUUAAAAAUGGCCGUAAAAGAAUGGUUCAGAAAAUUACAACCGGUUAAGUUGUACAUGAUUCUAUUUUCUACUUUCACCUUUUUUUUUAUUGAGCUUGUUGUAAGCUACGUAACACAUUCAUUGACUCUUCUUUUGAACGCAUAUCAUAUGCUUUGCAAUAUUAUUGCUCUUGUUGGCUGCGUAGCAUCGACCAAACAAACAAAUUCUGACAGACGUAUGAAGAGUACAUUUGGUUGGGCAAGAAUAGACAUCAUAACGAUGCUUAUAUGCUGUGUUUUUCUUGCAUCUUUCUGUUUUUCUCUACUUAUGGAAGCACUGCAAACAUUAAUUCAUAUUGAUCACCUAGAUGCUAUGCAUCACCCACUUCCAGUAAUGUGUAUUGGUGUCUCAGGAAUCCUAUUAAAUGCUUUUUGUUACAUUCUAAUUGGAGGUUACACUUUUAACCAAAGUACUCACCUACACGUGUCCAAAACAGGAAAUGUAAUUUCACACAGAAGCGUAACUCUGCUUGAAAAUCAGAGUGUACGACACGUGGUUCGGGAUCUUUUGGGAUGCAUAUUUGUAAUAGCAGAUUCGAUGCUUGUCUACCUUACAGAUUCAUACAACGCAAGAUUGAUAGACCCAAUAUUUGCUGUUAUUUCAUCUAUAUCGUUGUUUGUCCUCAGCUAUCCAUACAUGAAGGAGUCAGGGCUCAUCCUUUUGCAGACUAUUCCAAAUCAUAUAAAUAUUGAGUCACUCAAAAGAGAAUUAUUGGAAGCAUUUCCGGGAAUUGUCAACGUUCAUGAUUUACAUGUAUGGCAGCUAGCGGGUGAAAGUGUCAUAUCUACAGUACAUGUCAUAUUUUUGGAUUCAAUGAUAUAUGCAAACAUUACUGAUGAAGUCACAUCAUUUUUUGUUGAGAUGGGAAUAACGCAAGUGACAAUACAGCCAGAAUUUCACAAGAUGAGGUCAAAUUUAUUUAAAAUGGACUGCCUCAUCAGUUGCCAUGGAGAAUACUGUCAAUUAUCUCAGUGUUGUACACACGAUAAAUUAUUAUUUGUUCAAGUUGAUGAUAAUCCAUCAAUGGAUCAUCAUUAGAUAAUUACUAUGAUGUCAAUCAUUCUGGGUUAAACUUAAAAUGUAUAUUGGUAUAGUAAUAAUAACAACAUCAUCGCAGUAGAUUUCAAGCAUCGUAUUAAAUUAUCUGAAUAAACUUAUAACAUUC